GAAGCAAAAGCCGAAGGGCUGACCAACUCUCACAUCUCUCUUUCUCCACUUUUACAGUCAACAGUCAAUCCGCCUUACACUGCUUCACAAAUCUACCACUAUCACCUUCGCUUCUUUCUCCGCUCAAAUGGCCGCCGCUUCCUUCUCCAACUUCUCCUCCCUCUCUUUCUCUCUUCCAUCUAAACCCCAUUGUUCCUAUCACAACCGCUCUUCUCUUCCAAGCCUCACCCUCAUCACGCGCCGUGCAAAACAAUCUCCUAAUCUCUUCUCUUCCAAUCUCACUUGCUCCGCUCCUAUUUUCUCCCCUACCCAUUUGCUCCGUCCGCCGAAGACCACCAUUUUUUCAGUGGGGGACGGUGGCGGGAGCAUUGGACAUGGAGGUGGAGGUGGAGGUGGCGGCGGCGGUGGGUGGGACGGUGAAGAGGAGGGCAGAGAACACAAUAAGGAGGAGGCUUUGUUGGUGCUUGCGCAGGUGGGCAGGUCGCUGGACAGUUUGCCGGCGGAUUUAGCGGCGGCGAUCAAGGCGGGGCGUGUGCCGGGUUCGAUUGUGAGGAGGUUCUUCGAUUUGGAGAAGUCCGCUGUGUUCCGGUGGUUGCUCAAUUUCGGAGGGUUUAAGGAGCGUUUGUUGGCGGAUGAUUUGUUCCUGGCCAAGGUUGCUAUGGAGUGCGGGGUUGGGAUCUUUACUAAGACUGCUGCAGAGUUGGAGCGGCGCAAAGAAAAUUUUUCCAAGGAGCUGGAUUUUGUUCUUGCUGAUGUGGUAAUGGCUAUUGUAGCAGAUUUUAUGCUUGUGUGGCUGCCAGCUCCCACGGUUUCCCUCCGACCACCUCUUGCAGUUAGUGCUGGAUCUAUUGCUAAAUUCUUCCAUGGCUGUCCUGAAAAUGCUUUUCAGGUGGCCUUGGCUGGAACGUCAUAUUCUCUUUUACAGAGAAUAGGUGCUAUAGUGCGUAAUGGAGCGAAGCUAUUUGCAGUUGGGACGGGCGCAUCUCUGGUUGGUACAGGUGUAACAAAUGCAUUGAUUAAUGCUCGAAAGGCUGUCGAUAAAUCUUUUGCUGCGGAAGCUGAGGAUGUACCGAUAAUAUCGACCAGUGUUGCAUAUGGGGUUUACAUGGCAGUAUCUAGCAACCUGAGGUACCAAAUACUCGCAGGAAUUAUUGAACAACGGAUUUUAGAGCCUUUGCUACAUCAACAAAAGCUUAUACUAAGUGCAGUUUGCUUUGCUGUUAGAACUGGCAAUACUUUCUUGGGCUCACUGUUGUGGGUCGAUUAUGCUCGGUGGGUUGGAGUCCAGAAAAUACGGGAUUGAACAUGCCGGUUUUCCAACUAAGAAGUACAGUAUGCGUCGAUGUUUCGUGAGACAGAUUCAGCCAAAUCAUUGUAUGUAAUUGCUGAAUUGGGUGGAGUUCCAAUCAAAUUUGUUUCCAGCGGGUAAACUGGCUGUACAAAUAAUUUAUCAGAAUAACAAAGAUUGGUGAGUGCGAGUCUCUAGAUACCACCAUCACUGGUGGUCAGUGACAGCAUUUUGAUCCUCCAUAAACUGGCAUAAGUGGCUAGAUGAAGUUGGGUCUCGUUUUUUUUUUUUU